AUGACUACAAGCUUUCUUUGCCCCUACAAUCAGUAUCCACACCCUAAGAGUAAUAACUGCACAGAAUGCCCACAUGGAUCCUUUGGAUUAAAUUGUAAGCUGAAAUGUCCCUCGGGAUAUUACGGAGCAUUGUGUAUGUCUGUCUGUGAGUGUCCUGUAUCUGACUGUCAUUACGUCAGAGGAUGUACUACAGAAAACAGCACCCAUAUUUCUUCGAUUACACCUGACAUAACAAAUCAACCGUCUACAGUUUAUGAAUGGACGAAUGAAAAGACAGACUUUCAAAUCAGGAUUACUUCCAGUCAGAUUUUAGCAAAACAGAAUCGAGUUCGAUAUGUAAAUCAUCAUGACGGCACCUGGAUAGCUGUAAGCUGCUCACUGAUUGGAUCUCUAGCAACACUCUUUCUGAUUGGAUGUCUUAUGUACUUCUGUUCUCGACAGAAGCUUAAGAUGAAAUUUCCGAAAAGAAUACGAAGGAUUUUAUUUUCUUACAUAGAACCAGGUGUGUUCAUUUUAUUGUUUAACUUAAAUUACCGAAACAUGCAACUUAUUCAGGAGGGACACCUUGAACAAUCAACGUCUUUUCCAACAUACCUAUCUCAAGAUGACGACCCAUACACAGAAAUACGAUUUUCUCAGAUUGGUGGUGCAUGUUCAGCAACAUGCACGAAUACAAUCUGCACGAACGAAAAAGACCAUGAGAUCUCCAAAGAAUCCACACAUGUUUCUAGAAAUACAAAUAUAUACGAAAAAUGUUCAUUUGAACCUGAGUAUGACCAUGUUAAUCUGAAAGUGAAAUCAAACACUCCUGAGUUGCUACAUGGGAAGUGGGAAGUUGUAUAUGCCAAAGAUCAGGAAUAUGUGUCUCUUUCUGAUAAAGGUCGAUCACUGAAAGAAUUUCCCAAUGAUGAUGGAAGCAGCAAGUCCUUGACAUUACCCUCCAACUGGAAAAGGGUGAAAGAAAACUAUAAAUCACAACCACACUCAUAUAGUUUAUGCUAUGUUGAAUCAAAAAAUGAAUCAAAGGAUGAGCAAAUUACAAAUGAUGAAGAAGACAACUAUGUAGAAUUAAUUUCAGACAAUCUAAUGACUACAAAGGGUCCCAAAUAUAAGGAGGAAGGUCGACCCUACAGUUUGGCUCAUGUAUUGUCCUAUAAUGAUUUGAACUCAGAUGAUGGAGUAAAAUCAGGAGAUGAGGUUUUUAGUAUUGCUUCACCGGAAGUAAAGGAAGAUGUGGAAAGCGAGAACCCGGGAAGUUUGAAAAAGAGACCAUAUAGUUAUGUUAAAAAUUUGGUAGAAUGAGAAAAAGUUUUUAAAAAAUACCGUUAGUAAUUAUUUUAAAAAA